AUGUCGGGCGCAUCACAGGCUCUCGAAGCCCUCUACAAGGCUCCCUCGGCUGAGGAGUGCCACGUCGCAGCGGAGCAGCUCGCCGAAUACAUCAAUCAGAACAGCCUUCGCGUUCUUCAGUCCGAGGGCGUUCUCGACAGCCUCCUCAAGGCUUCCAAGAACAAAAAGAGCGGAUACGAGCGCGAAGCUGCCGCCAUUGGUCUCGACGCCAUCUUCACCAAGGUCGGCGGCAAGAACGCCCCCAGCCCGCUCGGCGCAGAGCCUUGGCUCUUGUAUACCCUUCCUGCUAUCCUCGAGCUCUAUGCAGACAAGGGUGACGUUGUUCGUCAAGCCGCCGAGACCGCCGCUGGCUCGCUCCUCUCUCUGGUCCCUCCUGAGGCUGCUCCAGAGUUCCUUUCCGUUCUCUACGAGGUGCUCGGUUCCGGCAGCGCAAAGUGGCAGGCCAAGGUAGGCGCACUCAAGCUGCUCGGCCGUCUCAGUGGCUCGGCCAGCGAGCAGAUCGGCGAUGAACUCGUCGAGCUCAUCCCCUACCUCACCAAGGCCAUGCACGAGACCAAAUCAGAGAUCUCCAAGCAGGCGCGAAAGACCGCCAUCAAGGUCUGCGAGUCGUGCCUCGACAACAAGGACAUCCGACCUUUCAUUCCGGACCUUGUCGGCUGCAUGGCUCAGCCCGACGCCGUGCCCGAAUGCAUUAAAAAGCUGUCGUCCACCACCUUUGUCGCCGAAGUCACCGGCCCUGCGCUCGCCGUAAUGGUUCCCCUGCUCGCCCGUGCCCUCAACGAGCGAAGCCAGAAUGUCCAGCGACAGGCCGUCGUGGUCGUCGACAACCUCUGCAAGCUCGUCCGAGACCCGCAUGAGGCAGCCAAGUUCCUGCCUGAGCUCACUCCGGCCGUCGAGCGUAUCGAGAAGGGAGCCAGUUUCCCCGAGGUCCGUGAGCACGCCAAGAGCGCCCUCGACACCCUCAAUGCAGCCACCGCCGCUGUCGGCGUUGACGCCGUCACCGAGGACCCCAAGAAGAUCUUUGAUCAGCAACGCGGUGCUGCUCUCGAUGCUGUUAUUGCUGCUGUCCAGGCCCAAGUGCCCGAGGAGCACGCCAACCUCAAGAGCGAUGCUUUUGCCCUUACUGGCCUCGAGUACCUCGCCAAGUCCAUUGUCCGCCUCGCCAACAAGCGUGUUCUCCACGCCAGCGCAUGGGACGAUGUCUAUGUCCAGCCCUACCUCCGCCGCAUCUGCAAGGAUGCUGAGGCUGCUCAGGUGGCCACCGCCGAUCUGCGCAAGACCUACAUCGAGCUCGACAAGGCCCGCUUCGGCAACUCGGAGGAGGAGGACGACGACGAGGCUGGCGAGUGUCUUUGCCGUACCGAGUUCUCGCUCGCCUACGGUGGUCUCCUCUUGCUCAACCACACCACUCUGAAGCUGUACCGCGGUCACCGAUACGGUAUCGUUGCUGCCAACGGUAGCGGUAAGUCGACGCUGCUCAAAGCUAUGCGCGACGGCAAGGUUGAGGGCUACCCGACGCAGGACCAGGUCCGUACCCUCAUGGUCGAGCACAGUCUCCAAGGCGAGGAUGGAUCCACGCCCAUCAUCGACUUUAUCGCCAAUGACAAGAAGCUCGUCGGCAAGUCGCGUGAGGAGGUUGCCGAGAAGCUGCGUGAGGUCGGCUUCGACGACGAGAAGCAACAGAACCCUGUUUCAUCGCUCUCCGGUGGUUGGAAGAUGAAGCUUGAGCUCGCCCGUGCCAUGCUCUCGGAUGCGGUCGUCUACCUGCUUGACGAGCCCACCAACCAUCUCGACGUUGCGUCCAUCGCCUGGCUCGAGAACUUCCUCGUCACCAACAACCAGAUCACCGUCGUCACCGUCUCGCACGACUCGGGCUUCCUCGACAACGUCUGCACCGACAUCAUCCACUACGAGAAGAAGAAGCUGCGCUACUACAAGGGCAACCUUUCCGACUUUGUCAAGACAAAACCAGAAGCCAAGGCGUAUUACUCGCUGGCCGCGACCACGGUCAAGUUCUCGUUCCCGCCGCCCGGUUCGCUCAUGGGUGUGCGCUCCAGCACGCGUACAAUCCUCAAGAUGUCCAACUGCACCUUCACCUACCCUGGCAUGACCAAGCCCUCGCUCAACGACACGUCGUGUGCCAUCAGCCUCUCGAGCCGAGUCGGUGUGCUCGGUCCCAAUGGUGCCGGCAAGAGUACGCUGAUCAAGGUGCUGACGGGCGAGACGGUGCCGCAGCAGGGUAAGGUGGAGAAGCACCCCAACCUGCGUAUUGCUAUGAUGGCGCAGCACGCGUUCCACCAUUUGGAGCAGCACCUGGAGAAGUCGGCCGUCGAAUACAUCGCGUGGCGCUACCAGGACGGCCACGACCGAGAGAUGACCGAGAAGGCUUCGCGAAAGAUGACCGAUGAGGAAAAGGCGCAGAUGGAGGUGCCGAUCAAGUCCAAGACGGGCGAGUCGCGCAAGGUCGAGUACAUUGUGGGACGACAGAAGCUGAAAAAGUCGUAUCAGUACGAGAUCAAGUGGGUCGGCUUCGAGCACCGCAACAACUCGUGGAUCCCACGCGAGCGUCUGCUCGAACUAGGCUUCAGCAAACUCGUGCAGCAGUUUGACGAUUUCGAGGCGUCCCGCGAGGGUGCCGGUUCGCGCGAGAUCAGUGUCAAGCUCAUCCGUCAGCACCUCGAGGCGGUGGGUCUGCAGGGCGAGAUUGCGCAGCACCACGCCGUUGGCGGCUACUCGGGUGGUCAGAAGGUCAAGGUGGUGCUGGCUGCUGCCAUGUGGAACAACCCGCAGGUGCUGGUGCUCGACGAGCCGACCAACUACUUGGACCGCGAUGCGCUCGGUGGUCUGGCCACGGCGAUCCGCGACUGGGCGGGUGCGGUCGUGAUCAUCUCGCACAACAUGGAGUUUGUCGGCGCGCUGUGCCCAGAGAUCUGGAACGUCGACCAUGGACGCAUCAUUUCGAGGACUAAGGCGCAGGUCGCAGAGGGUGCCUUCUUGGACGAGAUGGAAAACGCCUCGACACCGGGAGCCUCGGUGCCGGGCACACCCAUGCCGGGCAGCACGGCGGCCUCACGCCUCGCAUCCAAGGCGGGCACGCCUGCCUCGUCGGCAGCGCCUACGCCGGCUGGCUCGGGCGAUGAAGGUGACCAGGACAUGUCCAAGUUCAAGGCCAAGAAGGGCAAGAAGAAGCUCACGCGUAACGAGAAGAAAGCGCAGGAAGAGCGUCGUCGUCUGCGUCUCAGCCGCUGGCUCACGUACGGUGGUGACCGUGAGCCCGAUACCGACGACGAGUAG